UAUCAGAAGAAAACACAACAUCAAGCGUUGCAGCUGCCUUGCAUGUCGAAACGAAACCGUUAGGGGGCGCCCUUGUACUGUCCAUGAGUGACACAGCGCGGGAUUCAACAUGUCGGACGGUGGCGAGUGGUGCCUGAUCGAGAGUGACCCUGGCGUGUUUACUGAGCUCAUUAAGGGUUUUGGUGUGAAGGGACUACAGGUGGAGGAGAUCUGGAGUUUGGAUCCGGAGAACUUUGACAAACUCAAGCCAGUCCAUGGGUUGAUUUUCCUGUUUAAGUGGCAGCAGGAGGAAGAACCCAGCGGCUCUGUCGUCCAGGACUCCAGACUCGAUCAUAUCUUCUUUGCCAAACAGGUGAUCAACAACGCGUGUGCGACCCAGGCCAUCCUGAGUGUGCUGCUGAACUGCAGACACCCUGACAUCGAGCUGGGAGAGACACUCGCAAACUUCAAGGAGUUUGUUCAGCACUUUGAUGCAACUAUGAAGGGACUGAGUCUGAGUAACUCUGAUGUCAUCAGGAAUGUACACAACAGCUUUGCAAGACAGCAGAUGUUUGAGUUUGACGUGAAGUCUGCAGGUAAAGACGAUGAUGUUUACCACUUCGUCGGUUACAUCCCCAUCGAUGGACGGCUGUACGAACUGGACGGACUCAAGGACGGGCCCAUAGAUCUAGGUGCAUGUGAUGCUCAUGAUUGGCUGAACACUGCCAGGCCUGUCAUCGAGAAAAGGAUCCAGAAGUACCAGGAUGGAGAGAUCCACUUUAACCUGAUGGCGGUGGUGUCGGACAGGAAGAUGACGUACGAGAGACAACUGACCGACCUCCAGGCACAACUGGCAGCCAUACAGGAUGGUAGCGCCAUGGAGACUGACCAAUCAGACACCAUCCAAUCAGAGAUCGGCAAGCUGCACAUGCUCAUUGGAGAGGAGGAACAGAAGAUGAGAAGAUACAAAACAGAAAACCUGCGAAGGAAGCACAACUACCUCCCCAUGAUCAUGGAACUACUGAAGAUCCUGGCACAGGAGGGGAAGCUGGUCUCACUGGUGGAGAAGGCAAAGGAUAAAACCGCAGAGCUUCAGUCCAAGAAGGAUGCAAAGAAAACGCAAGAGGCAAAAUCCUAGUCAACUGUUUCUACAUUCUGUGUAUUAAAACGGGCUAUAAGCUGUGAUACGGACAGUCUCGUACUUUGGACUUAUAUGAUACAUAAGUCAUAUAAAAACAGGGCCUGCACAUGCAACUUAGCUUUUGUUUUACUCAAGUUUAUACUUAUCUAUUAUCCAAAGGAUUUAUGAAAUUUAGAAAGAGUAAAGUAAAACUAAACUUUAACAGUGUGCAGAGGGUAGGACUAACUGUAGAACAGUAUAAGCCAUAUAAACUAGAAUCAACUAAUAUGGUUGACAGUUUGCUUGCAAUAAGGUAUGCACUUUUUCACUCAGUGAACUUGUUGGUUCUCCAUUGCAUAGUAAUACUAUUCCCACCUUGCCUACAUUUACAUGUAAUCUGUAUUGCCUUUUGCUUGAGCUAUACUCACUCGAAAUGAUAGAAUAUGAAAAGUAUGUUGUUUAAUUAGGUUUUGUGAACUACCCAGUGGGUACUAAUAUCCAUUCAUUCUUUUGGAGGACUUUGUGUGUAUGAUUUUUCAUACAGAUCUGAGAUUGUUGUUUUUUUCGGUUAGUGAUGUUGACACAUCGACAAAUUAAAGGCAUUUUCUAUGGUAAA